AUGACUGUCCUUAAUGAAGAAGAGGCCAUUCAUUUCCUGAACAUUGCACUGGAAGAGGCCGAAAAGAGCCUGCACAUAGAACUGAAGGAAAUGCCCAUAUUUUGUUUACUCAUAAACGAAGAACGGAAAAUAAUAUCCAGUUCAUACAAUUACACAAAUAAAUCUAAAAAUGGAAGUAGGCACUGUGAACUCAUUGCUAUAGAUAAGUACCUUUAUGGUGAUAAUUAUGAGGACAUGAAAAAUAAGAACUUAAUAAAAUGUUUUAACAACUGUGAAAAUGAUAUUGAGAGUUCUCUAGACAGUUAUUUUUUACAAUCGGAUACAUGUAAGGACGAUAAUUUAAUGAACCAUUUUUCUGAACAUGAGGAUUGUUCACUAAAUGAUUUGCCCAUAUGUAGUAAUGAUUCCAACUUAAAUAUAAAUGAAAAGAAAAAAAAAGUGUUAAAGCACAAGUUAGAAAUUCUUCAACGUUGUUGCAUAGUUGUAACAUGUGAACCUUGUAUUAUGUGUGUUUAUGCACUGAACCUAAUUGGAAUAAGGAGCAUAUACUUUUGCUGCCUUAAUGAACGUUUCGGUGGAUGUGGAUCGGUACUUUCCUUACAUAAAACAUAUAAGGAUAUAAAUGUGAAUUACAUAAAGAACGGUGGAUGUACUGAGAGAAGUAUUUCCCUUAUGCAAUCGUUUUACAAGGCUGGAAAUCCUGCAGCACCGGAAGAAAAACGGAAAAGACCAAUAACAUGA